GCCGGGCCCGGCGCCUCCGCAGCAGAUGGGCCCAGGCCGUCCGGUGUUCCCCGUCUCCCGGGGUCGUUUGCGACUCUCGGUCCUCUCAGUCUCUGCUCACCCACCCCGCGGCCCCUCUACAGCUCUCGGGCCACUGACCUCGAAGCUUGUGAUGGUUGCGGUGUGUGUGUCUUUUGCCCGCGGCCCAGACCGCUUCCUGGGCUCUCUCCAGCCGCCCUCCCGGUCUCCCCUGGGACCGCUCCGAGUGUGGUUCCCUGGCGUCCGCCGUUGCUCACGUAGUUGGGGUUCCCUCGCUCCAAGCAGCUCUCGUUUAUGCCGCCCACCCCGCGCCCGGCUCUUGCUUGCUCUGCCACCCCCCGGUCCCUGCGCGGGGCCCUCGGGUUCACGCUCUGGCCCUGGACCCAGUCCGAGGUGUGGAGGGCGGCUCCCGAGCAGAGAAGGGAUGGUGAAACAGUCUUCGCGUUCAGCAGAGCUCCCCUUGGAUAUCAACCUGAAUUCUCCUAACAAAGGUCUGCUGUCUGACUCCAUGACGGAUGUCCCUGUCGACACAGGUGUGGCUGCCCGGACUCCUGCUAUUGAGGGUCUGACAGAGGCUGAGGAGGAGGAGCUCAGGGCCGAGCUUACCAAGGUGGAAGAGGAAAUUGUCACUCUGCGCCAGGUCCUGGCAGCCAAGGAGAGGCACUGCGGAGAGCUCAAGAGGAGGCUGGGCCUCUCCACCCUGGGGGGGCUGAAACAGAACCUGUCCAGGAGCUGGCACGAUGUACAGGUCUCUAACGCCUAUGUGAAAACUUCUGAGAAACUUGGAGAGUGGAAUGAGAAAGUGACCCAGUCAGACCUCUACAAGAAGACUCAGGAAACUCUCUCACAGGCCGGACAGAAGACCUCCGCUGCCCUGUCCACAGUGGGCUCUGCCAUCAGCAGGAAGCUUGGAGACAUGAGGAUUCAGAGAUACGUGCAUCUCCUGCUGGGCCGGCUCCCUGCCUGCCUGCCUGCCUGCCUGCCUGCCUGCCUGCCUGCCUUAGGUUAGGUAUGUCCUGCCUCCCAGCCUGUGGUUGCCAGCACUCUCCCCUGACCACUGAGCCACAGGCCAGGACACAGACGGCCACACACCCAGAGACCCACCCUGCCAAGCAGAGGGGAUGGCCACUGCCCAGGAGCUGUGCCCACUUGUAUUUUUGUUUGUUUGAGGUAAUCUACUCUCCCAUCGCAGCGACUUCUAUUUCGAGAGUUUUAAACCUCUGGAGAAGCUGCAGUCAUCAGUACGCGACGUGUGUUUCCUCUGAGCACCCUCGCACGCCCAGGGCUCCACACUCCCCAGCAGCUGGGACUUGGGGGGUCCUUGUGGGGCACCCUCCAAAUGCAGGUCUUCCCCACUGCUGCUGCGCUUUGGACCCAGGAGGGACACCCUGAGCUCCAGCCGCACUCAGCCUUGCAGGGCUGUUUUCUUCCCGAAAAUGCCGGUCUCACCACAGAGCAUCUUCAGGAAGCAACGGGUGCCUGUUGUGCCUAAAUUAUGCCAGCCAUCGGGGGCGUUUGCCCACUCAUAGUGUCCACACUCCCUUUUGAGUUUGUUCAGAGCAUCGUGGUGGAAAUCCAAGGGUCAGGCGGAGCCCUCAGCACUGAUUGACAUAGCCGUGCACAGGCCAGUCCUGGGGUUUUGAUCUGGGCGUUUUUUUGUGUGGCCUGUUUUUCUCUGGAAGCACAGGGACACGGUCCCAGUUCUCUGUCUGCUGCUCCUCUGAUGGGGAGGAGGGCUCUCGCGCUUUGCUCAGUCCUGGGGUUGGCAACUGACCCCUGUGCCGUGUAGCCUCAGGGCAUGGCUGGCAGUGAGCAGAGUUCCUGUUGCAGUGACUCUGGCACAGCUGUCAGUGUGCCUGGCCACACUGUGCCACGUGUUUGCACGUGUGCCCUGGUACGUGGGGCCAGCUGGGUGAGCGGGGCCUCAGGCUGACCUGGGACGAGCCAGCUCGCUCCAGUUGGCCGGCCGUGUUCACAGUGCCCGUGGAGAGGUCCUGUUUGCUGGUGUGUCUUGCCCUGCUUGCUCCUCCAUUUAUGUUUGUAGUGGUGGUGUGACCUCUGACGUCUGGAGCCCCUGGUGUAUCCCCAUCAUCUCCCCGGGCAGUCACAGGUGGUUUCUGAGGUCUGGGCCCAUCUACCUCUUGACCUAGAGACUGAGGUUGGGAGCUCACUGCUUCCUGAAAGUGAAAAUUGGGUUCCAGGAGGUUUAUAUCGAGUUUAGGGCCGAUGAACCCCACGGACCCAGCUUACUCUUGCGUGGAAGCCCCUCGGGACAGCUGCCCAACACCCACGUCUGAUGGGCCCGUCUCAGGGCAGCCCCGGACUGUGAGGCCUUUGGUGUGCCCUGGGGCAUAGGUGAUGGGGAUGGGGGAAAGGGAACUGGAUUUAGGUCAGAGGGGGGCGUUUACACCAGGGUCAGGUCACCAUUCGACUCCGUGGUCUCAGGACCGCGGGCGAGCUGAGCGUUUAUCAGUUCUUCAGUGGCUGCCUCCGUGUCGGAGUGGGCCUGGCUGCAGUGAGUGGCGGCAGCUGCCCUUGGACACACAGGUUUCCAGGUUGGUGUCUGCGUGCAUGGACAGAGCUCAGAGCAGAAGUGCUCGGCGCCAAGGGUGUCCCACAUGCUCCCACAGUGUGUGUGCCUCCUCAGCUGACGCGCUUUGGGGAACAGGGGCCGCUCUCGUUCUGUGGAGCCGGCCAAACCCAGCUGUCACGCUGUGGCACGUUUCAUACCUUUGUGCUACUGGAUGGGGCCAGUUGCGCUCCAGGUGCUGUGGCUUCUUCAAAUAGGUGUGCCUUGGGGCAUAAGGCGUGGACAGGGCUUGGACCCAGGGGCCUCCUGUGCACAGCCGUGAGCCUAAGCAGUUGCUAGUCGUGAGCUUGCGAGAGCCUCCUGUUGAGUCAGGACUUGAGGAGACUGGAGACAGGGCUGCUCUCGCCGGUGGUAUGCGGAUGGAGGAGCCGUCCUGGAGCGUCUUCCCCUGCUGGGCCUGGCUGAGCAUGAGCAGGGGGCCUGGGGCUCCCUGAGGAGGGCACUGAGUGGGUGCUGGCCUGCCUUGCUUACACUUCGUUUCCUCUUCUCUCCUGCUGCCACC